AUGCUUCAUGAUGACUUUGGUGAAUUGGAACCAACUCACAUGGCUUUGCUGGACGAGAUUGUGACAAAACAUCCAAGUCUUCAUACCAAAGUGUUUGAGCUCCUCAGUCGGCUUUAUGAUCGCCAAGCAAAUCAAAUGAGAUUGACCGAAGUGAUUAUUGGUAGACAACGCUGUAUUGUCGAUCGCUUUAUACAACUUCUGGCAUUUGGUUUUGCAUUGCCCGUAAUUGAAAAAAUUUACAGAAUGUUUCGUGAAGGACAAAUCGACGUUUCUCUUGUGCGGUUAGCUGCCCAGCAAAUUAUUUCUGACGCUCGUUAA